UAUCGCCGCUGCUGCUUUCCACCAUCGAUUAAUCCUGCACGUCGCCUUGUGGGCACGACAACAGCCGCGACCGGUGUCUUUUUGUCUACAGCCUACAACGCAUUGUGGAUUAAAAUAGCGAUGCGGCGACAGCAACCAAACCGAGUGCUUUAAGACUGCGAAUUGUGCUGAAAUUGUGAUACGUGAACAGGGUUAUUAUAGAAUUUGGACUGGGAACUGAUGAAGAAAUGUCAAACACUAUUUUAAAAAUGGAUAACUUAGAAAUGCUCAGAAGUCUGUAUGAUUUCCAAGCAACCUACACAAAAACCCUCACUUUUAAAUCAAAUGAUUACUUUAUCCUUCAUCAGACAACAACAAAACACAAAAACUGGUGGGAAGUGAUCAAUGAACAUGGGGAAAUGGGCUACAUUCCUUCAAAUUAUGUAGAAGCACAAAAUGUCACUCCAAGUUUCUACAAUCAAUGGUUAGAGAACGUCAUUGAUUACGUUAGUCGGAAUGAAAUUCCACCUCAGUAUCUAUCCUCAAAUAAAAAAGAACUACUCACGCGGCUAAAAGACAUGAAGAGAAAGCUGGAUCACUCGACGAACGAGAACGGGACCGGCCCGGAAUUACUCUACAAAAAUAGCGACGGUGUUAUAGACACAAUCAAACGUAGUAUUGAAAAGUUUGAGAACGAAAUUGAUCUGGAUCAGAAACCGUCGAAGGAAAACUCAUUUGAUAAGGUUGAUAAUGAAGAACGUCGCAAAUCAACUGAAUGCGCCGUACUUCAAGAUCCGAUGAUUAAUAAACAGAAUGUUUAUGAACUGGUAGAGAGUGUGCGGAUCAACACGCAACUAUCGCACGAAAUGUCGCGAAUUGCAGUGGCGACAGUCGUGCAAGGCUUGCAUGAAUUACUACCAGGCUCGGUGUUUCCACAUUUGAGUACAAUUCUUACACAUACAGAAGAAAAUCUCUCAGUUGAUGAUGUACAAAUUGAGCAGACACACGACGCUAGCAGGUUGAAAAUCAUCUUUCAUGAAUUGACUUAUUGCAAAGAAGAUUCCCAGCAAAGAAGUUGGAUGUUGCAUGAAGAUGAAGACACGAUUAAAGAUUAUUUAAUCGAGUUACGUUCUAUUCUCAGUAACGCUGAUCCCAGUAUAACGAAACACGUGAUUUCCCAAGACCACUAUCAUGUGGUUAUUACACUCAUUCAAUAUUAUCAAAUGGAAGUGCGAUGGUCGAUUCGACAGCUCCUCCUACAAGUAUUUGGCUGUAUGUGUGGGCUAGAAAAAACAAUACUGGUCAUCAUGUUGAACUCGGUGCUGCCGGGUGAAUUGGCGAGAGAUAUGCUGGCCAAUCCCAACAACGCUACCAAACUCAAUUAUUCCGCGCUGCUUCUCACAAUGAUGUUUUCAAUGGGCGAACCGAUGCCUGUCACGCAUUUAGAGUUUCUUGGAUCGGAAUUUCUUCGAUUCAUACUUGAUAAUAUUGAAUGUCCACCGGAGGAAGACUACGAUGAGGAUAUUCCCGAUUUAUUUGUCAAUUUUAUUCUUUCGUUUAAUUUACAAUUUGAUGAUUUGAACAGCGACGAUAAUAUCGUUGUAAAAGCGUUAGCUGAACGUGACGUUGCGAAGCAUUUCACCGAGAAGAUUCUGUUGUUAUUCAAUCGCGACGAGGAUCCGUCGCGUAUUUUCGACCAUGAACCGGCGCCACCUCAUUCUGUCGUUAAACUAUUCAAUGACCUAUUUAACGUCCAGAAAACGGCUGAUUUGUUCUAUACGAAUGAUGUUAAAGUCUGCAUCGAUAUUACUGUUCGUAAUAUAUCCGAUUUAUCAGCUGGAGAUAAGAGGCGGCACCAACACAUUGAAUUGUGUCGACGAAUCGUCCGCAAUACGAAUUACAGCGAGCAUAUGCAUCAGCGCGACGAGAUUCUCAAAUGUUUCACGAGGAUCUUCUGCGAAGAAUCCGGCCAAAGCGUGCAAGAUCAAAAACUCGUCAAGGAGAUAAUCAACGAGUUUCCUGAAUAUUUUAAAUAAGUUUUCAAAGUCUCACCUUUCGUGAAUGUACAUUGUGACACGUUCUAGUGUUGAACCUCUUAAAAUACUUCCAACAUUUAAUUUUAGAACUCCUAUACUAGUAUGAUAACAUUUUUGACAGCUAUAACACUUUCAAUAUCAAACUAUAUAUAAUUAUGAACAAUUAAUACUCCAAAGGAAGCGAAUAAUAACUAUAUUUUUAUGUGAUAUUAUACAUAUAGGAUUUUGUUUGGAAAUUUUAUCGCGCAUUUAAAGUUUAUGCUUGUUAGGAAUAGAAAAAAAUCGAUAUACUUCUGGUUUCACGUUUGAUGGUAUAUAACAUUCAUUGUAAUGUAGUUGUUAGCAUAAAUAUUACUCGAUUUGUAUGAUACCUUCACCGAGAAAGAGAUAUUAUUUCAUUUUAAAUGUGAAAUCUAGUUGGAUUGUUGUAUUUCUAAUUAUCUGUUUAUUAGAGCGCCUUAUAAUGGACGUUAUGCACUUUCUUUAGAGCUGUAUGUAUUGUUACAUUCUAUGCAAACGCUUAAAGUGUCUAUUUUACAGUUUACGUGUUAGAUGAUUAUCUAGAAAUGUUUGCGUUAAAGUGGCUGUGUCAAUGUGGGCGUUAGUAGCGCGCCAUCAAGUAUAAAGCGAUGGGUAUGUGCCAAGUUAAAUGAUGUCAAGCAGAACUGAGCAGUAAAUGUGUCGAUCCGCUUCGAACACAAUAUCUCAACAUGAGCAUGACUUGUAGAUGAAUAUCCAUGAUUCAUGAUAAAAGUUAAACAAACAGAUGUAUGUACGUUUUAAAUACAGGGAUGAGUCAAGCUGAUAGUAAUGUGUGGGUGCAAUUUAGCGGCCUAGUUUUACAGUUUUUAGCUUUAGCAAAUCACUAUUUAGCAAUUCCUAAUCUGCAAUACCAUACCAAAUAUGUAUUUAUCAUCUGUACAAUAUAAUAAUGACUAAAUUGAUAAAUAAUAGUACAAAUUAUGGCAGAAAGCACUUUACAUAAAAUUAUUAUAAGAGAUCUAAAUGCAAAACAAUGUCUUCAAAUUUCCGCAACUAUUUUAUUUCUUGAGCAUUGUCAAAUCUAUCGUGGAAGCAGUACCAAAAUUGAUACCAAAUGUGAAUUGUUAUUUGAUCAUACCUGAUCUGUUAUGUACUUCUUAUCAGCAUUUAUGAAAUUAUCUGUUCCGAUCGUAUAAAGCAAAUAUAUACAUACCAUGUAAA